AGCGCAACGCAGGGCCCAGAACCAUUCUCCAAUUGCCUGGCCAAGUCGAGAUAAAAUAAAUAAUUGCUGAUUAUAUCCUCGUAUUGAAGAUUUUUAAUAUUGACUCUUAUUCCGUUCGAAAGGGAAUUUAAUUGCCUAUUGAUUGACCAAAGAAACUUACGAAAGAUGUUAUUGCUAUUUUAAAAAUGAUGAGUGCCUAUUUGAUACUGGUCGGCUGGUGGAUAAACGCAACUGUUUCACAAGGGGUAAUCCAAAAGACGUGGCUCAUGACAGGAAACGAUUCCUACCGGAAAUACCAGUGCUCCACGACACCUGUCGGAAUGUUUUCGCCAAUAUUUUGUUCUCAUUUGUGCUGCUUGCAAAACAGAUGCAUCGGGAUGUUUUUUAAUGAGUUAUCCUCAGAAUGCUUAAUCAUCAACGCUACAGAAAAGUCGGAACCCUGUAGUGAUUUAAAUUGGGCUAACUGGACGCCGUACAGAAAGAACAAAGGCUCUAUCGACACAUGCAGUGACUACCUCAUGUUCUCAGGAAACUAUGCUUAUAGGAAAAUGAACUGGGAUGGAUCUACUAAUGGACCUACGGCAGAUCUUUAUUACACGCCGACCACCAGUGAUGAAGUUGGGGGAUAUACUUUCGUUAGCGGUCAUACAGACGACUACAUAUAUGUGAUAUUUGAUGAUACAAUGAGCGUGCGAGGGGUCGCUACUCAAGGUAGAUGGAGAAAUGAAUCGUUUGAAUCCUGCUGUGAUGAAAGGGUGACGGCAUAUAGAAUACAUUAUAGUGUGGACUGUAUGGCGGACUGGACAUUCGUGUGGAUAGACAACUAUAGGAUCUUUGAAGCGAAUGUAAUACCUGAUGCUGGAAACGAAGUUGUCGAGAAUAUGUUUGAUGCGCCUGUGACCGGAAAAUGCUUCGCGAUGUACCCAGUAGAUUUUCACGUUAGAAACGUUAUCCGUUGGGAUCUUAUCGGAUGUGGUAUAGUUAUCUCCCCUUGACACCUUGCAAUAUCAGACUAUGAUAAUGUCGUCAAGAGAUCUCUUUCCAAUACAACUUAAAACAAGAAAUUUUUACAUGAUUUGGAAUAAAGAGAACAUAACAUUAUAAAUAAAAAAUGGGACUGCUAACCUACUGAUCAAAUGACUGAAACCAAGUCAAGAAAGAAUAUUUAUUGUUUUUGUCAUCUCACAGAAAUUAGCACCAAACAAAAUGUUGUAAGAAGACUAAAUAAAUACCAUAUAUUGAUAUAUUUACAAGUACUGAGGAUAUGUUAAUGUUAUUUCUAUUGUAUUUUCUGCUUCAUUCUUUAGGCUUAAAAAAUGUUCGUUUCCGGUAUCCCGAGCGACCCUAAAUUUUUUGCCCGACCCUAAAUGUUUUAAUGGCCUUGGAGAUUUUUUAUUUUAAACUUUUUGACAAAAAGUUGCAGAACUGCACUUUUUAUGCUUUAAACAUGCUCAGCGAUGUUAGAAAUCAACUUACUGAUGCUCUUAAGGCUUAACUCCCUUGUUUGUACUCAUUUUUUGACACAAAAAUAAUUUCUGAAAAGUCUCCCUUAAUAAGGAAAAAUUAAAAAGAAAAUUCGACCUACCUACCCUAUUUUUUUGAGCAUGUUACCGGAAACAAAGAAUUUUUUAGACCUUAAUAACAAACAAGCAUUCUGUGCAGUGCAACACACCACAAAUAAUGCAAUGAUUUUAGAACGUAAUGAAUAGUGUAUUCUUAGUAUGUUCUUAGAAUUUAAUUCCUCGAUAAUUGUCUCAAUACAGAAAGUAUAGAAAAUAUGGUACGGAAUUUUAUGUUUCCACAAUGUAACCUAUUAAACGCAGAUCAGCUCGAUGCAUUGUAGCGCUAAUGUGCUCGUAUGUAGGGAGACACGAAUGUUAAUGUCAGAAAAUAUAUUAACAGGCAAUGUAUUGUGUAAAAUAAAUACACCUAAAUUAAACACAAAUCGGACUACUUUUUUGAAAACUAACGAUUUUGACUAGUAUGAAUAAUAUGUACAAUGUAAAUGGUUGGGAAUUUCUUAUAAUAUUUAUAGCUGUUGUCUGUAAUUGUGUUGCUUGUAUAUAUAUUACGCAUAUGACUGAUGGUUUAUGGGACGGAGGCCUGAAUUAUAUUAAAGAUCUAGAGGAGACGAAAAAGACGAUGAAAAACCUUUAAGAAUUAGUGUAUAGAAAACCGUGUUUUAACGUAAUAAACACACGGAAAGAGGUUAGACGUCCGAGGAAUGAUUUCAAGAGGGCUUAGUCCGAGUGAAUUUUGAGUGUAUUAAUUUAGGUAAAACACGAUUUUGCUGUACAUUAUUUCGAUCCUAAUAUGCAAUUAAUCUAAAACAAUAGAUAAAAUAUAGAAGCGCUAGCGCUCUUUCUCAGUCGUAACAAAAACAUUGACGUCAUCGCACGUUAACGUGACGUCAUUUUAGCGUAAGCGUGUUUAAACAGAAACAAAUAUAUUAGAAUGUAUUGUUGAAGACACCUUCAGAUAAAAAAUGGUUUGUUCAGCAAAGCUGUUUCAAUAGACAUUUUAGAAAAAAAGGUCAGAUAAUGAAAACUGACUUUUUUCCGAUCAUACAAUUGUGUGUCUAAGGUGGCAACGUUCCGCUGCUAAAUAUUAACCUUAUAAGGGAAAAGUUGUAAGAAGACUGCUUUAUAACCGUGAAGUGUUUUUAAAGCUGUAAGUAUAGCCAUGUAUAAUGGUUUUGAAACACGCAUGUAUUUUAGAUGUAAACAUGUAAAUGGAACUCAUCUCUGACUUGAUGUGAUAACCUUAAGGUAUAUAAAAGACAUUUAUCUGUCAGUUAUAUUGUAGUGUCGUAAAAGAAUAUUUUUUAAUCUAAUACAGGAUUCAACCAAAUUAUAUUUAGUAAGAUUAACACUAUUUGAAAAAAUGUAUCUUUGUAUACUAUAUGAUAUAGUUUUAUAGAUGUGUAUCGACCUAUACCAGGCAUUUUUAAUUUAACAAUUCAGUGAUCAUUUACUGUAUAUUAAUUUGUAUUUUAUUUAUGCUAUAAUGUGUUGAAUGUGUACAUUGAUUAGACUUAUGUAAAUUAUAUUAUAUGAUAAACUGAAGACAGUUAGUAUAACCAGUUUCACCUGUUACAUAAAUCAUCUUAAAAGUUUAUUAUACGUUAGAGACUUAAUCUCCCUAUUAAAAAAAAAAGAGAGAUAACAAUUUGUUCAAUCUGUUGUUGAUACCGUUUGUCAAUCCUAAUCCAGUUUAUGUUAUAUCAGUGCAAUGGGAAAGUAACCUAUCUAUGUUGCCUGCUGUACAGGAUAACAUAGUCAUGCAUGUAACAACUCUGGAACUGUUUUGUUUGAUUUUCUUACAUUUCUAGAUAUUUUCCCAUAUGUUGCCGAAUAUGUAUGGAUAGCACAGUUAUCCUCUUUCUUACAAUAGAUUUCUCGGC